CAACCCAUCCUCACUGACCAUCUGGAGCACACGGUGAGAGGAAGCCCACCAAGGCUCAUCGUAACAGCAUUCUUCACGGGUCGCUCGCUCAGCUCGUGAAAAAAUGGACACAGAAAGUAGUAGCAGGGCAGGUCUUGCUUUCCCAAUGCCACAAAGCCCCUCCAGCGUGCCCCAGAUCGAACUUUCGGAAGUAUCUCUCCAUGAUAACGCCUUACGGGAGGAGGCUGCCUCAGCCCCACCAAGCCGUACCUGGCUGAGGUUUUUGAGGAGGGAGCUGGAAUUCCUGGGGGUAACACAAAUUCUGAUUGCUUUGAUAUGUCUUUGUUUUGGAAUAAUCGUCUGCUCUGCGAUCAAUGUUUCCGAAUUUAAGGAAGAUUUUUUUUCAUCAUUUAAAGCAGGCUACCCAUUCUGGGGAGCAAUGUUUUUUGCUAUUUCCGGAUUUUUUCCAAUUCUGUCUGAAAAGAAAUAUGCCAUAUAUCUGGUGUGGGGAAGCCUGGGAGCAAACACCGUCAGCAGCAUUGUUGCAGGAAUAGGAAUCUUCAUCCUGACCAUCAACUUGAAGAGUUGCUGGCCUCAUAUCUACAACUGCCCGGAAGCUCAUGGAGAUGACUUCUGCUUUGUGGCUUGGUUUUCCACCGAGAUCGUGGCAAUGAUCCUGUUUCUCACCGUCCUGGGGUUUUGUAGUGCUGUGUCACUCAUGAUCUAUGGCCUUGGAGAAGUAUUCCAGGAAAAGAAGAUUCCAGAAGAUCGUCUUUAUGAAGAAUUAAACAUAUAUUCGCCAAUUUACAGUGAGUUGGAAGACAAAGGGGAGACAUCUUCUCCUGCUGAUUCAUAAGAAUUAUGUGUUCAGAACAUUCUGACUCACAGCAAAAAGUCUAGAAAAAACCAAGAUCUUUGUUUAAGGGGCUACCGACAAAAUUUCAAUUCUCUCUAUGGUCUGCCAGUUUUACAUUAAGAUUUCUUCUCCAGAUGGUAAUACUCUAUCUGUUGUUUCUGCUCACCUAGACUCCCCCUGCCUCACCCAUUUUUAGAUAUGAUUGACUCCUAUUUUUCUUGUUUUCUAUUGCUGUCUCGUACCUACUUUUGUGGGAAGUCAACAAAUAAUCAGUUAGCAUUUACUCUGUGCCUAUAAUGGUGCAAAUAGAGGAAACAAGAGGAAGUCUGGUUGAGAGAUGAGUUAAACCUUGACAGUUCGGUCAUGUUUGGUUCUUAGCCCUUUUCAGAGUUCGUAAGGGCUACAGAUGUGCGUGAUAUAUGUCCCCCUAUUGGACUGUAAGCACCUAAAGGACAAAGCCCAUUCAGCAAAUGUAUACUGAGGACCAAAUAAGUGUUCUAAGUUUUCCACACUUGUCUCUUUCACUUCAUGUUUCCCAGUUUCCUAUAUCAUGGGAGCUCAAAGUGUAUUUAUUGAGUGGAUGGGGGAACAUUCU